AUGAAGAAAUCAAGUGUUGGUGACAGCGGGCUUUUUAAGGCACGUACCGUGUUUGCGGUUGAGCUCCAUCCAAGCACAAGUGCGAACGUUCUGGAUGGCGUGAAGGAGCAGCUAAACGCACUUCUAUUAAGAUAUGUCGAUGAAUUCAAUUCUGUGCUGAUUUCCUAUUCAAACGUUGAGAUACUUACCAAGAAGCCUGUCAUCCAUCCCUACUUCCCUUACUUCCAUCUCGAUGUCCGCGCGGAUGUCCUGGUCUUCAAGCCCACCCCUGGCAUGACUCUAGUGGGUAGGGUCAACCACAUUGGCGAGGAUUACAUCAGCGCCCUUGUCAUGGGCGUGUUCAACGUGACCAUUCCGGCGCGCAGCGUCAUGCAGGGACUGCAGUUCAUACGAGAGGAGUCCAAGUGGGUUCAUGAGAGUCAGCCACAACACCAAAUAGCGGAGCACAGCUACAUCGUAUUCAGAGUAGAGGA